ACGUCGUUCAGGAGAGUUAUCCCGCCUACGUUGAUGUACAGUGUACAUGACAAGUACCCGAUGUACCCGAUUACCCGAUGUACUAAGAUCCUGAGAAACUGACAGACUGUAGUAGACAGUUAUGGCGUUAUCAUCAUUUGUAAGCAGAAAGCAGUUGAAGUCAAUAGCGUUGUUACACAGGUAUGGAGCAGCAGCCUUUCAGGCUCUUUCUCAGCACUCAUCCACCACAGCUGUACCCCAGGCAAUUGACAAAGUGCUUAUUGCCAAUCGUGGAGAAAUAGCUUGCCGUGUCAUGCGCUCAGCCAAAAAGAUGGGUAUCCGCACAGUGGCUGUAUACAGCGAUGCAGACAGGGAUUCUUUACAUGUGGCUAUGGCAGAUGAAGCCUACCACAUCGGCCCCCCUGCUGCUAACCAGAGUUAUCUCCAGCAGAACAUCAUCAUUAAUGUGGCCAAGAAAAGUGGGGCACAGGCUAUACAUCCAGGCUAUGGGUUUCUGUCAGAAAACACAGAAUUUGCGGAGCUGUGUCAGAAAGAGGGUAUAAUCUUUAUAGGCCCAUCAGCAUCUGCCAUCAGAGAUAUGGGAAUCAAAAGCACUUCAAAAGCGAUCAUGUCUGCAGCUGGAGUGCCUAUAAUUCAAGGUUACCAUGGUGAUGACCAAUCAUUACUCAGACUGAAGGAAGAGGCAGCUCGGAUUGGCUAUCCUGUCAUGAUUAAAGCUGUGAGGGGAGGUGGUGGAAAGGGCAUGAGGAUUGCGAUGAAAGAGUCGGAAUUUGAAGCUCAGCUAGAAUCCGCCAAGACAGAGGCCAUGAAGUCAUUUGGAGAUGAUGUGAUGCUGCUGGAAAAAUUUGUUGAGAAGCCACGACAUGUUGAAGUUCAAGUGUUUGGUGAUCGCCAUGGUAACUGUGUAUAUCUGUUUGAGAGAGACUGCAGUGUACAGAGAAGACAUCAGAAGAUUAUUGAAGAAGCGCCUGCACCAGGCUUGAGUGAAUCAGUGCGCAAGUCCAUUGGAGAAGCUGCGGUACUGGCUGCCAAGGCUGUGAACUAUGUUGGUGCAGGGACAGUAGAGUUUAUCAUGGAUGCACAGCAGCAGUUUUACUUUAUGGAGAUGAACACACGUCUGCAGGUGGAACAUCCAGUCACUGAAAUGAUCACAGGCACUGACUUGGUUGAGUGGCAGAUUAGGAUAGCAAGUGGAGAGUCUUUGCCUGUGCGACAGGAAGAAAUCAAAUUACGUGGCCAUGCAUUUGAGGCUAGAAUUUAUGCUGAGGACCCCAACAAUAGUUUUAUGCCAGGAGCUGGCCCUUUGCUCCAUCUGACAACUCCAGCUCCUGACCACAGCAUACGUAUUGAGACAGGUGUUCGGCAAGGUGAUGAAGUAUCUGUCCAUUAUGAUCCAAUGAUUGCCAAACUGGUGGUCUGGGCUGAAGAUAGAAGAACUGCAUUACGCCGGACGGUGUCUGCUCUCAAAGACUAUAAGGUUGUUGGACUAAACACAAACCUGCCAUUUUUGAUCAACCUUGCUUCUCACCCUGAGUUUGUUGCUGCUAAUGUGCACACAGACUUCAUCCCUCAGCAUUCCAAAGAACUAUUUCCCCUCAGAAAACUUUCUGAUGCGACAGUGUGUCAGGCUGCACUGGCCAUGCUGUUCUGGCAGGCUGAAAAGUCUCAAGAAAGGGCUCUAGAUACUAAAGACCCAUAUUCUCCAUUCGUCUGGUGUGAGUCUGCUCGCAUUAAUGAGGUUCCCUCCCAGCAUGUUGUUCUUCUUGAUGGAGAUAAAAAGAUAUCAGUAGACAUUCAGUUAUGUGAGGAUGGACUCAAGCAAGUUCAAAUCAAUGGAGGCCCACAGAUGAUUGUUCAAAGUCAUCUGAGUUUAGAAAAUAACACCAUCAUCAUUCGAUCCAAUGUCGAUGGCAUAGUUUCAUCAGCAUCCAUCAUUUUACAAGACAACACUGUCCACCUCUUCUCAGUGGAAGGCAGCCACACGCUGAAUAUACCAAUCCCAGAGUUUUUGAAGUCUACAGGAAGUUCCGCUGCUCUUGAUGACCCAGUUGCACCUAUGCCAGGUGUGAUUGAGCGAAUCUUGAUCAAAGAAGGGGCCACUGUUGUACAGGGGCAACCUCUUGUUGUGAUGAUAGCCAUGAAGAUGGAGUAUGUGAUCCGGGCUCCAAGAUCAGGAGUGGUGGAGAAAAUUCUUUUCAAGGUUGGUGACACCGUGUCCAAAGGCACAGCCCUUGUUCACUUCACAGAGGCUGAGAGUGAUUCUAGCAAUUCUGAAGAAAGUUAAUUCUGAAGUUGCUACAAAAGAACUUUAGCCUACCUCACCAAGAUUAUUCAACAACACCCGUGAAAGUACAUUAGCCCUUCCAUCUUCUACUAAUCUGAGGUCUGCAGUGGAUAAAUAGCUCAGCCCUACAUGGACAAUUGCUGUCAUUGAAGCUACUCUGACAUCAACCCCACCACAAAAAUAUGUAUCAGUGUAGACCAGUAUUGCUGUCACCAAGCUUUGCAUCUAGGUGACUAGUAUUGUACUCAUAAAGUGGUAUAAGAAUAAAAAUUAUAAACAUUAA